UGUCAAUCGUCGCGAUUCACUGUGGCAUUGAAUGAAAAAGGAUCCUGGCAGGCGGUGACUUUCCCCAUCUGGACCCCCGCCUGCAAAGUUCCUUUCCUAGUGGAGGGGCGUGUCUGGAACCCUAUCUGGUGGGGCGUGCUUGCGUCGGACUACGGCUGCUUCCGACUAACAAAAACCAGCAACCGCAAAGGGAAAACUGCGAGGUGAGUAUUGCUGCGCGCACCAAUCAGCGGCCGCGGAUAAGGGGAAACCUAGACGCAAACUGCAAGAGACCGCAAAAAGACCGCGACUUCCAUCCUUCUCUUUCGACAUCGAUGGUCUCUCUCCCUGCCGUGGGCUUCACCUUCCAUCUUGGCCUUUCCCUUCCGACAUGUUCCCUAUCAGUCAUCUACAAUCUCUUGGUAAGGAAAACCCGGCCAAUUGACCAUCCAGUGCCACGGUCUGAUAUCAUAUGGUAUUCUGUUAUCUCCCGUCUCUCCCGUCCCUUGGUUGAAUCUCAAUCCGAUCAGCAAUCGGUAUUUCUCCCAGAGCCACCUCAAGAUCUACCUCUCUGCCCUACGUGCCUCUCUAUCUUAUCUCCAUGUUGGCGCGCGGCACCCCUGACCGAAACCAAGAGAGCGUGUGACAGCUUAAUCUCAACUUGCCGGGGAAAGGAGCGCCGGUCGAUGAUGUAGUAGUCUCGUCGUCUUUUGGUGAAUGAUGAAUGGAUGGAUGGGGAGCGGUCUACCUACCUCUUGUCAUCACCACCACCAUGCCAUUCCAUUCUCGCUUGUUGACAACCUUCUUACUCGAUAUUUUCUGGGGAAGACGUCUCGAGGUCUUUGGAUGAGGGUUAGGGCGUGUUUGGAUGCUCUGAAAUUGGGCUCUUAAAUGUUCAGACCCGGUUUUUUCAGAGUGCUGUUUGGAAGCGCUCUGAACGUUACUGUUCUGAAAUUGUCUUUUUAGAGUGCUGUUUGGAAGCGCUCUGAACGUUUUGGUUCUGAAAU